AUGGGGUCGCUGGGAGCGCUGGAACAGCCUCCCACGCUCAAUCUGCUGCCACGUUGCUGCAAUGCUGCUUGCCAGGAGCCUCGCUCGCCGCCCAUCUCACCGCCCAACUCACCCCCCGCACACACCACACCACACCACCCCUCAACCUGCCGCCCGCAGAACUUCCUGGCCCUCAUCCCGCUGGCGCUGUUCCUGGGUGAGGUCACCGAGGACCUGGCGGUGAGGUUUGGGGACACCAUCGGCGGCCUGCUCAACGCCACCUUUGGCAACGUGGUGGAGCUCUUCCUGUCCAUCGCUGCGCUGCACAAGGGGCUGUACGAGGUGGUGGCCGCCUCCCUGCUGGGGUCCAUCCUCUCCAACCUGCUGCUGGUGCUGGGCACCUGCUUCCUGUUUGGCGGCAUGAAGUACAAGGAGCAGCGGUUCAGUACUCUGGCAAAUAAAAUGGCCUCCAGCUUGCUCUUCCUGGCCUGCAUAGGCAUCAUGAUUCCCUCCACGGCCAGGGUGUUCCGUGCUGUCCCCUCGCACCCUCCAACUGCCCCUGUUACCCUCUGUGCCCGCCUGUCUUCUCACCUGCCUGCUCGCAGCUACCUCUGCUACCUCUUCUUCCAGCUGGGCACACACCACGACCUGUUUGCGGUGGGUGCCUCUGCCUCCGUGCCGGCGCUGAGCCUGGCGGGCGCCAUGGCCUGCCUCACCCUCAUCACCGUCAUCGUGGCAGCCUGCUCAGACUUCUUGACGGGAGCGAUCGUGGAGGUGAGCGCGGUCAGCGGCAUCAACCAGGCAUUCCUGGGCCUCAUCGUGCUGCCCAUAGCAGGCAACGUGGCGGAGCACGUCACGGCCGUGUUUGUGGCUGUCAGGAACAAGAUGGACCUGUCUAUCGCGGUGGCCCUGGGCUCCUCCACGCAGGUGGCCAUCUUCAUUGUGCCCGUCACGGUACUGGUGGGGUGGGCCAUCGGCGAGAAGUUCACGCUCGACUUUGACACCUUUGCGGUGCUCAUGCUGACGGUGGCGGUCAUCCUGGCCUACUUUGUGUGCAGCGACGGUGCCUCCAACUGGCUGCUGGGCUUGCAGCUGGUGGCCACGUACUGCCUCAUCGGGGCGGUCUUCCUGCUGGAGAGGGAGCCCGCGCCCACGCCAAGCGGCGGCGACAGCGGCAAGCAGCCGUACGCGCCGCUGCUGCAAGGCCUGCUCUAGAGGCGGCGGUGGUGGGAGGCCGCCAAAAAAUAGAUGUUUUGAUUGUGCUAGCGCUGGCAGCCCCACCUCCUACCGAAUUGUCAUUCCCAACCUACACCUCUGUUUAUCCCGAUGCCUCUACUCAUCACUGUCCCACACCACAUAAAUUUGCACGAUCGUCGCUACCUUUUGCUGUAAUUCUUUUGUU